AUGGAUGCCAUACUAAUGGAUGAUUCUUCAUCUAAUCACAAUAUCAAUAGUAACAGUACUAACAGCAAUUCUCUGAGUAAAACCUCAAGCAAUCACAGCUCUGCUAGUUCCGCCGUUAGUAGUAGCACAGCAAAUUCGAUCAAUACCGGUGAGCAUAUGAUCCAUGGUGCUAAUGCUAUCAAUGACGCAAACGCUGACAGUGGGUUUUUCAAUUAUGAAGACGAGGAAUCUCAUAAUGAUCGGAUUAUGGGUGAGGAUGCUUCAUUGUCUAGAGUUCCUAGUGCAUCAUCAAUGAUCUUCGAGCGUAAUGUAGAAGAUCCAUACAGUACUUUGGCUGCUCCACUUGCACCAACAACUGGUAACAAUACUCCAAGGACUUUAUCUAGAACCAAUAGUCUAGCAAGUUUGUCAAGAACGGGUUCUAACAUAUCCUUCAAUAAUGCUUUACAUGCAAUGCAUCCAAGACCUCCUUCCUCUUUUUCAUAUUCUUCCUCUUAUCAUCACCACCAUAAUAGGACUUUGGAAAAUUUAAUUCCUCCAGCUUUGGAUGCUUCAUGUUCCAUCGUUGGUGAUAAGAACACUAAUUUGGAUCAGGUCCAUAUGGUUUAUAGUAGGAGACCUAGUACUAUAGGUUUGGACAUGGCUUUGAAGAAUCCUAAAAGUGCAUAUAGUAAUUCUAGUUUUACCAAUUUACCAUCUUUGCAACGUUCUCAAACAGAUAAUAAGAUAGACUACUUGUCCACUCCGCCAACUUCUCCAACAGACAAUCUGUUACCAGGCUUAGUGGAAAAGACCAAAACUACUGCCAAUAAUACCACCACUAAUAAUAGCAAUACUAGUAAUAAUACCAAUACAAGUGGUGUUGACCCUAAUACUUCGCGCCCUAAAGUAUUGAAGUUUUAUUCUUAUGCUGAUAUGUUGAGCGAUGAAAACAAUGCAAACGGUGGUGUUAACGGUGCAAAAAGGCUUUCCAUUUCUCGUUCGCCUUCUUCCGUUUUAUUGAUGAAUUCACCACCAAAUUCUUCCUCGGCUUCAUUUAAGGGCUUUGUUGACCCAUUUGGUACAACCAACAAUAAUUGCAGUAGUAAUUGUAAUAACUGCAAUCCUGUAUUAUUAAGAAAAGACAGCAAUAAUAGUAAUGUCAUAGCAUCGCCACACUUAACUAGAAAGUAUUCUGGCACUACUAAUCCACCAUCAGGCUUGUUUGCUCAACAGUCUCCAAGGUUAACGCCUUCAUCUAGUCUGAAUAAUGUAGUUAUUUCAGAUAACAACUAUAAUACCGUGUCCAAUAAGAGAGAACCCAGUAAUGGUCCUAUCAGAGCCAAGUUUCAUUUAGAGGGUAGUGGCCUCACUACAGCACUGGAGGGCGAAACCAAUAACGAUAUAGAACAACAACAAGAAUUAUUUAAUAAGUUGGAGCCCAAUGAUUAUAAAAGAAGAACUUACUCAAAUACAUCUUCUGGACAAAGCCCUUUUGUCUCAUUGAGCAGAACAUCAACUUGCAAUUCAGUAAAUAGUAAUGGCAAUUCAAACUACAAUAAUAACUUAGGACUGAGAAGACAGGUAUCUGGAUUUAAUCUUACUAACCAUAACUUACAUCCAGAGACUAAUAAUUUAGUUAUGCAUACUGCCAGUGAUGUUGUCAAGUUUAAAAUGAAUAAAUGA